AUGGAAGGCUCCAAAAAAAGUAACUCGCGUGCUAACAAGAACCAAAAAAAAGGCUAUGAUUCAUCGAGCCUUGCAGGUAUACAAGUAGCUCACAAAGUCGAAGACUUUACCGAUGGCCAAGAAAGAAUCUUAGUACUCAAAGAUUCUGGGAUUCUUGACAAUGAAGAAGAGGGCGAUCAACUCAUUAGUAUACAAUUGGAAGAAGAGGCGCGACUUCGUAAAAACUUGGAGAAUAAGAAAAAGAAACCAGCCUAUGUUGCAUACGACGACGAAGAAUUUCUAUUUGGCGUUAAUGAUAGCCAAAAAUCUGGUGCAGGCAUAUUGCCGCACUAUGAUGAGGAAAUUGAGGGUCCUAAAAAAAGCAGUUUUACAAUCAGUGGUGAUGGCACUGUACAACUCAAUGAGGAAGAGAGAAGACAACAGGUUUCAGAGAAUUUGAAAUCUCAGCCUAUAUCUUUGUCUUUUGACACUUCUCAAAAUCUCAGUGAACAGCAACAAAUGGAUGUUGAUACCAAUUCAAAUGGUGCCUCCUCCACCACCACACCAAGUAUACCACCAAUUAGACGGCAGCUCAAUCUCGAUGAAGAUGUAAGCUACGUCGAUGAUGAUGAUCUUCAACAGGCUUUAGCGAGAGCUAGAAGAAUGGCAAAUAAAAAAGUUAUAAAAACAAGCGUCGAAGAUAUUGCCCGAAAUUUGACUCAAAAUCGCGAACAAAAAAAUGACGAAGGUGAAACUGUGCGUGGCGAGCUUGUGAUUUCCGAUACAACAGAAUUUGUCAAUUCCUUGACGUUAGCACCACUAAUCAAUAAACGCACAGAAAUAAUUGCAAAAACUAGCAGCAGCGUAUCCGCAGUCACACCUCCACCCGAAAUUAUUGAAAAGCAACCAGAAAAGAGAGACCUGGACGAAGAGGAGGAUGUGGAGAAUUUACCCGAUGAAAUUGCAGAAGAAGGGAAAAAGGGAGGCUGGAAGGCAGCUGGUGUAGUGGAAAACCAAGAUAUGGCGCAAAUCCAGGAAGAAGCAAAAUUGACAAGUGUAGUCGAGGAAGAGCCUUUAGUCAGCAGUGGUAUGGCAGCUACUUUAGCACUUUUGCAACAGAAAGGAUUUUCGAUUAAACCAUCCGACGAACAACUAGAAAAAGAGCGUAUUCAAAGAGAUCGACAAAAGUGGCUUGGAGAGCAACGAAAGAAAGAUAUCGAGAGACAAAAUGAACGUGAACGCGAGAAACAAAGAGCCAAAGAGAAAGGCUAUCGUGGAGGUGGUCGAGAUAAUGAAAGCACUUAUCGAGAUAGAGAACAUAUGAGAGAGAUGGAAGCUCGGUUCAAAGAUUAUAAACCUGAUGUGAAUCUUGAAUAUGUAGAUGAGUUUGGCAACCAAUUGACACCCAAAGAGGCCUUUCGACAAUUAUCUCAUAAAUUUCACGGUAAAUCAUCAGGAAAAGCAAAGACAGAAAAACGACUUAAGAAAUUAGAGGAAGAGCGUAAAUUGAAAGCUAUGAGCAGCAUUGAUACUCCAUUGAACAUGGCAACAGCGUUACAAGAGAGACAAAAAGCCAGUGGAAGUGCUCAUGUGGUAUUAUCAGUUGGCAAUCGAGCUGUUGUUCCACCGAGUAUGGUGUUGAGCGGCGGUAAAUCCAACGCGGCGGGAUCUUCUCGGGCCACUAAUAGUCCAAGUAUUAUCACAGUCAAUGGAGGAUUAACUGGCCAGAGUAUGAAUGCGCCAGAAAGAGAAAAGGUCACGUUUGGACUGAAACGUAAAGCAGAAUCUGAUCCAGAAAAACCCUCCAAAAAACGAUAA